UUCCGUUCUCAUCAAACGAGACACACCAAACUCACAGUUAGAACAAGAGGGGAAACAAAGAGAAGAUAAACAAGCUUAAACGAGUGAUCACAUACCCAUCCGAAAGCAUCUGCUGUCAGUUCAUUUCUUGCCGCAAUUUUCCGUGGAUGGCUUCGCUCUACUCUGCAUUGCCCAGGGCCCGAGAAGUUCUUUGCUCAACAAUUAUUUCUUCUGGGACUUUCAUCAAACACCCCAUCCGCAUGCUACAACCACCACCCCCAGUGGUACUAAUUCCUCAUCCUACUCCUCCUCAUCGUCUUCGUCACCGCCGUUACUGUACCAGCUUAGCCGUCUCUUCUGUAGCUAAACAAACCAAUCAGAUUAUCAGCAGCCCUGAACUUGUUGCUUUGGAGUACGCUGAGCUCAAUCUCACUGAUAAAUUCUCUGAGGAGUUGGGUCAUGUUCGAAUCCGGCAGCAUGUUAACCCUCUUCGUUCUUAUCUCAUGAUUCCUGCCGAAGUACCAAACUGGAAUGAAGUUUUCAAGGACCCAACGUUGCCAUUGAUGGUGGAUGUAGGGAGCGGUAGUGGCAGAUUUAUCAUGUGGCUUGCAAAAAGAAAUUCUGAUCGCCAGAAUUAUUUGGGACUGGAAAUACGGCAGAAAUUGGUCAAGCGAGCCCAAUAUUGGCUAGAUGAGCUGGCUCUUAGAAAUAUACAUUUUAUAUUCACAAAUGCCACUGUUUCUUUCCACCAUCUCGUAUCCACAUAUCCUGGACCCUUGAUGUUAGUUUCCAUCUUGUGUCCAGAUCCGCAUUUUAAGAAAAAGUACCACAAAAGAAGGGUUGUCCAGAAGCCUUUGGUGGAUUAUAUUGUAGAUAGUUUAGCGCCUGGAGGACAGGUAUUUAUUCAGUCUGAUGUGCAUGAAGUGGCGUUUGACAUGAGGAGUUAUUUUGAUGCUGAGUCAGAUAAUCUUCUACCCUUAGAAAACAUUGACCCUAAUGUGGUGUGUGACACUGAGGGAUGGUUAUUGAGUAAUCCACUGGGAAUAAGGACGGAAAGAGAAAUCUAUGCAGAAUUUGAAGGUUCCAAAAUUUACCGAAGGAUGUACCAAAAACAGAUAUGAUUUUGGUCAAUAGUUUGUUUAGUCAUUCCUGCUUAGUGAUUGGGAGACAGUCUGUUUUGCACUUGAGCCAGUCUUGUUACUUUGUGAGUGGAACUAUAAGAGCUACAAGAGGCUAUGUCCUUGGUGCUUCCACUAUGAGUGGAACUAUAAGAGCAAGAAGUGGCUAUGUCCUUGGUUCUUCAAAAGUCAGUGGUCUCUUGCAGAAGUGGAUUUCCUCCUGCUCCAAAGUAAGCCCUAAACAGGUUCUGUCUGAAACCUUUUGUUAAAGGGCUGAAUUGACCGUUUCUUCAUCUGCAAAAAAAUGUAGUUCUCAUAGGACCAUGACCUCCUAACCUUCAUAUCAAUUUUUUUGGUGGCUAGAUUUUAAACUGCUAGAGACUAGCACUUUUGGUAUAGAAAUUGCUUGCAAAGUAUAGAAAUUCUCAAGCUUGAAAGCAGUAGAGGGAUCCAUAUUCAGCUAGACCAUCAGGGAUUCUUCAGAUCAUGGCUCUACGUCAUGGUUUAGCACCCGACUGCUUUUACAAGUGUUUUUCUCAGCUGCUGCAUGUAUAACAUGGGAUCACAUUGGAGUCUUCGGGUCACUGGCAAAGGUCUAACAUAUGCUAUAGUUGAUUCUGCUGAAGCUCUGGGACUGUCUGGGCCCAUAUGUUUGAAUGUUGGAUUCGAUAUUGCAUAAUGUGUUCGUUAGUUCUUUGUCCCUGCCAAGGUCAAAGCUACCCGGAUUUCUCAGGUCCUCUGUUUGACAUCUUAACCAGCUUCUGCAAUGGGUCAAUGAUUUCAAGUCCUCUGGAGGUCUUCACUUGUUGUUGGUAGUGGUUGUGGCUGGUCAUUUCGAUUCCCUUUGGUGCUACCCAACAUCUAAAUCAUUGUUCUCCUUAUGCUCUUCUAUGUGCAAAAUAUUUUUGAGCCUCUCUCUCUCUCUCUUUCACACACACACACACACACACUGGCUGGACUGGCAACUAGAACCAAACUCA